GAGAUCAUUGCACCAUAGUUUCCAAACAAAAACAAAAUCACAAUGCAAAAACGGCAUCACAGGACAUUGUACGUCGUGUCCUUGGAGAGUGCACUCAAUCACCUAUAAAACGGUUCAAAUUUCUCAUUGAAAAGUUGGAAAAAUCCUGUAGAUUGAUACUUUAUAUCACUAUAAAGUGAAUUUUUAAGCUGCUAAGAUGACCAAAGUGGAUAUACCGUUGAAAAAUAAGGUCGAUGCGUCGGCAAAUUUCAUCCAGAAUGAAAAAGAUAUAGAGGUGCAAGUACGAGCACCAAAAAGGGUGCUGCAUUUUAGCGAUGGGACACUGGAGGAAUUUAGCGAUGAUGAGCAGGACCAGGUGGAUGCUGCUGGGAAGGAUACGAUUAUGACGGAUGUGGAUGAGUCCAAAAUGAACUGGAGCGAUUGGAUGGUUCAUAAAACCUGCAAACUGGGCAGUUCUGUCUUGGCCGGAUGCGAUUAUGUCGGAGAAGGACUUGCAUCGUUUCUAGGCAUCACCACACCGAAGUACAGUUUCGAAAUUGAAGAAUUCAAAAGAAUGCAAGCGGAACAGAAUGCCGAAGAUCAAGCGAUCAAGAAUUUCGUUGUACAGAACCGACCGGCCGGAGACAGUGGAGUUGCUGAACCAUCAUUGGAGGAAAGUCUACCGACUGCCAUACGAAAGACACCCGCGACAUCUAACGUUGUUGAGAACGCCCCAAAGGCAGAAACACGAGUUGCAGUAAGCAAUGAAAUUGAGAAAUAUUAAUCGAACUACUUUUUGAACCUAAUUUAAGACACCAAAUGAGCACACAUUGCAGUCAGUUGUAAUCAUUUAGUUCAGUAAGCAGAAUAUAAAGAUUAUAUAUUUAUUAAGAAUAAAAUAGAAGGACAGUGCAAUUUGCAGAGUUAGUUUUGCAUUGCGGAUGGAAUAUUGUAUAUUAUCUUUGAUAUGAGUACAUAUAAUAAAUAAUUUUAUUGACUAUAUUAUAUAGUAUCAGAAUAUA